AUUUUAGAUUCUUUUAUGGCUUCAGUAAUUCCUUGUCUCUUUACAGGACCCCAGCUGAAUGCUCAACUAGAAGGUUGGCUUUCUCAAGUACAGUCCACAAAAAGACCUGCUAGAGCCAUUAUUGCACCCCAUGCAGGGUAUACCUAUUGUGGAUCUUGUGCAGCCCAUGCUUACAAACAAGUGGAUCCUAAUAUUACCCGAAAAAUUUUCAUUCUUGGGCCUUCCCAUCAUGUGCCCCUUUCCCGAUGUGCACUUUCCAGUGUGGACAUAUAUAGAACACCUCUGUAUGAUCUCCGAAUUGACCAAAAGAUUUAUGGAGAACUGUGGAAGACGGGAAUGUUUGAGCGUAUGUCCCUACAGACAGAUGAAGAUGAACACAGUAUUGAAAUGCAUUUGCCUUAUACUGCUAAAGCCAUGGAAAGCCAUAAGGAUGAGUUUACUAUUAUUCCUGUGUUGGUCGGAGCACUGAGUGAGUCAAAAGAGCAGGAAUUUGGAAAACUCUUCAGUAAAUACCUAGCUGAUCCUAGUAACCUCUUUGUGGUUUCUUCUGACUUUUGCCAUUGGGGUCAGAGGUUCCGUUACAGUUACUAUGAUGAAUCCCAAGGAGAAAUUUAUAGAUCCAUUGAGCACCUAGAUAAAAUGGGUAUGAGCAUUAUAGAGCAGCUAGAUCCUGUAUCUUUUAGCAAUUACUUGAAGAAAUACCAUAAUACAAUAUGUGGAAGACAUCCUAUUGGCGUAUUAUUAAAUGCUAUCAACGAGCUCCAGAAGAAUGGAAUGAAUAUGAGCUUCUCAUUUUUGAAUUAUGCUCAGUCAAGCCAGUGUCGAAACUGGCAAGACAGCUCAGUGAGUUACGCAGCUGGAGCACUGAUGGUCCACUGAACCGCUGAAUGCUCAGGGAUGGCACCUGCACACACUCGAUACGGGGUCCCAGCCUAGCCCUUACAAAGAUACAGUCCCUGGUCUUUGGGUAUACUGAAACCUCAAACUAAUAGAACUCUCUUCUUUUCUAGUAGGUGUAGUCCUUCCUUAGUUUCAACUCAUUUAAAAAUGCUUUCUUGUUAGGACAAUGGAAGGAAGGCUGGUAUCGAAAUAUUUUGUGAUUUUUUUUUUUUUUUUUUUUUUUUUUUAAAGAAGGUAAUGGCUAUGAAGGCAUGGUGGCAGACAGUCCUUACAAACACAACAUGUAAAGCAUUUACCAUAUCCUAAAUUUGCACUCUUUGCAGACCUGUGCACAUGUACUCAGCUUUCAGAAUAGUUUUGCAAGUUGUAAACGGAAAAAGGGGUGGAAGCUUUUUAAUAAAAGAAAAAAAAGAGGAAGACAACGCAUUUAUAAAUGAUCCUGUAUUAGAAUAUAAUAAAACUCCAGUAUAGUCAGUUACUACCCGUGAUGUACAACAGAUAUCUUCUAUUUUAGUUGCUAAUAAAGGGCUACACAAACCAAAAUAGUCUGAUUUAAACUUAUUGCUUUGUGUUCUGUAUGUGGCUGCUUGUCAUUAACAUCUUUUCUCCUCAGUUCUUACGCUUGAUAAUUCAGCCAUUCUGUAAAAUACUUUAAAAUGUAUUUUAUAUUCAACAUUUGUUAUGACUACUUCAUUUACAGAUAUUUUUUUAUCUUAAACCUCCACUAUGAGUUCAGCUGUGCAAAAGAAUUUUAAAAACCUUUUGUAUAUUCUAAUUCUUUUUGUUUUACAAUUAUCUAUAAAAUAGUAUCUUUUAGUAUGUGAUACAAAAUUUGUAUCAGAAAUACACUUUUAAUGAUUUUUAUGCUGUUUGAUUAUUAAAGUGAAAUAGAUGCAGUAUUUUUAUUUGAAAUUACUUAAACAGUAGCUUGAAAACUGUAAUUCUUAGAGUAUCUUUCAAGCAUUCAUAGGCCACAGAAGCCAUACAGUGCUAAGCUCAAGCAAUUAUUCCUCAAAGAUUUAAUUGGGAGGGGAAGGUAAGGCUUCUCUUUUUUUUUUUUAUUUUUAUUUUUUAUUAUUUGACUGUGGGUAGAAUUGUCUCAUGUUCUUUAAGCAUCACCACAUCUUAAGAGUUCUUGAACUUUCUUCCAGCCAACAUAAUGGUAUAAUUAUUUGUCAUUCCUGAAGAUUUCGUUCUAAUAAGAAAUGCAAAGUAGGAUGGCAGUACUGGCUCAUUAUCUAAAUGGAGAUUUCAUUCCCUGAUAUUUCACCUGCUGUCAAGCAACCUCCUGGUACAUUCAGCUUUUCUGAGUGGCAGAGGGGAAUUUCAGAAUUCAAUUUAGAUUCUUUGAAAGUCAUGGGAAUUGCUGCGUGAAAAGUCUUCACCUGAAAGCGUACCAGGCAUCUUGUUUAUUCCUAUUAGAAUACCCUUUACAAACAGACACUGCUUGCACCACUUCUAUUUUCUUUGUCAUAGUUGGCCACUGUUUUAAUAAGAACAGGUGAAUGCUCCAUUUACAAAAUGAACUACUUUGCAGAUGUUCAGAAUCCAUCCCAGACACCGAACUCUUUGUAUGUCUUUUAGUUGCCUUCUUGCUCUGCUUUGUUCUUAAAAAGUCUCAGCGGCAGACAGGGAAAACAACUUGCAGAUUACUUUUGACAGAGCAGCAGAAAGGCUAUGUAGGUAAAACUGAAUUGGUAGCCAGUCUUUAUAAAUACUUGUCUGACUGUGCCUUAUUUUAAAAAAAAAAAAGGUAGUUUUAUCAUGAAGACUAAUUUUUUUCUUUUUAAUCUUCGGUGAAUACAAGUUUAAUUAGGACUCAGGUUUCUUUCAGUCUUAUGCCAAAUGCUUAACGUCAUUAUUGAGACACAUGGUGAAUUGCAGCAGUUAAGUACAUACUUUCUCCCUAAGGUAAACAUAGUAAUUAGCUUCUGAAUACAAAUGCUGAAGUUGCAUCUUAGUUCUGUAAGAUAGUUUUAAUAAAAACAAAACAUAACUGGAAGAGCUUCAAGGAAAUCGGUCAGCCAUUUUGCUCAGCACAAUGUUAUGAAAUAUCUUACAGUGAAAGCACUUCACAUGUAAACUGUGUAAUGUAUUUCAAAAUAAAGUUUCUAAUUAAAAUGGAAA